AUGUCGGCAGUAGAAGAAGAAUUGUCUGCCUUGUUUGCUGCUUUGCAGUUGCAUCUGAACGAGCAACGUGCCAGAGCUGAAGCAGAACUUGAAUCCAAAUGGAUGUUGAAUGAAAAUGUAGGGACUUUUUUGUUAUUCUUGGCUCAAAAGGCCGCCUUUGGGGAAAGUGAUGGUGUUAAAGCAUUUGGCUCUGUGUUAUUCAGACGUAUAGCUAUCAAAUCUCCAAAAGAUAUCAAUAAAAUCACUGAUAGAGUCAUUGGAACCGUCGACGAACAAACUAGAGUUAACAUUAGAUUAGUUUUGCUUCUGGGUUUCGUUGCUCCUCAAUCUCCAUUUGUUAGACACAAGUUGGCAGAUGCUAUUUCCGAAGUUGCAAAGGAAGAUGCAUCUCCUCAAGGUACAUGGCCAGAUUUACUUCCUAACAUCUUUGAAGCAAGUAGAAAUUCAGAUUCAAGUUUCCGUGAUUCUGCUUUCAGAGUGUUCUCUGCUGCGCCUGAAAUUUUGAGUGGUGCUAACCCUGAAGAAGUAUUAAACUUGUUUAGAGGAGGGUUUGAAGAUUCUAAUGAUGAUGUUCGUAUUGCUGCAUCUUCUGCCUUUGUAGAGUUUUUCAAAAACUCAGACAAGCCAGCUUGGCAAAAUUUGUUACCUUUGUUGCCUAACUUGUUAAACUCUUUACCAAGAUUCCUUGAAACCGGUCAAGAUGAAGCCUUGGCUUCUGUUUUGGAAUAUUUGCUUGAAUUGGUUGAAUUGGCUCCCAAAACUUUCAAGGAUGCUUUCCCUACAGUUAUUGAAUUCUGUUCCACAGUUGCUAAGAAUAAGGAAUUGAAUAGCAAAGCACGUUUAUCUGCCUUGGAAUUGUUGACCACUUUUUCUGAAGUAUCACCUGCAAUGUGUAAGAAAACUUCAAGUUAUGCUGAAUCCAUGGUUCUCGUGACAUUAUCCUUGAUGACUGAAGUUUGUAUUGAUGAUGACGAUGCCGCAGAAUGGAACAACAGUGAUGAUGUCGAAGACGAAGACGAAGAGGAAGAAUAUCAAGCUGCAAAGCAAGCCUUGGAUCGUGUUUCGUUGAAAUUGAACGGUAACACUUUGGCUGGACCCUUGUUUCAAUAUUUACCCACUAUGUUGCAAUCAAGUGAAUGGAGAGAACGUCAGGCUGCCUUAAUGGCUAUUUCGUCUGCUGCUGAAGGUUGUGCUGAUGUCUUGACACCUGAAAUUCCUAAAAUCAUAGACUUGGUGUUACCCAGUAUUGAUGAUGUUCAUCCAAGAGUUCAGUAUGCCUGUUGUAAUGCACUUGGUCAAUUGUCUACCGACUUUGCCUACGAAAUUCAAAAGAAUUUGGGUGAUAAGAUAUUGCCUGCUUUGAUCUCUAAAUUGACUCAAGCUUCUGUUCCCCGUGUCCAGUCUCAUGCUGCUGCUGCCUUGGUUAACUUUUCUGAAGCUGCUGCCAUCUAUAACACAUCUAAAAGUGAUACUUUGGAUCCUUAUUUGGAUACUUUGUUGAGUAAUUUAUUAGGUUUAUUACAAAACUCCCCCAAGAGAUAUGUUCACGAACAAGUGUUGACUACAAUUGCCUUUACUGCUGGGGCGGCUGAUCAAAAGUUUAUAAAAUACUACGAUACUUUGAUGCCAUUGGUUACAGAAUGCUUAAGAGGAGAUCUUGGAAUGGACAACAGAAUGCUUCAAGCCAAGUGUAUUGAAUGUGCCACUUUAAUUGCCCGUGCUGUGGGUAAGGAGAAGUUUGCUCCCAACUCCCAGGAUUUGAUUCAAUUGUUUAUCAAUUUACAAGCUACUGCUACUGAAGAUGACGAUCCAGUUAAAUCAUAUUUGGAACAAGGUUGGAGCAGAAUUUGUAGUAUUAUUGGAUCUGAUUUCUUACCCUUAUUACCAACAGUCCUUCCACCUUUAAUAUCUGAAGCUAGAGCCACCCAGGACAUUUCAUUCCUUGAAGAAGACGAAGCAGAAGAGUUUUAUAACGAUGACGAAUGGGAAGUUAUCAAUCUUGAUGGGAAAAUCAUUGCUGUCAACACUGCCUUGUUGGACUUGAAGGUGAGUGCCAUUGAAUUAUUGAGAACAUAUGCUGAAAAGUUGAAGGGUGAUUUCUACCCUUAUGUCAAGGAAAUUGCCCGAGAAAUCGCUAUUCCAGCCCUUGAUUUCUAUUUGCACGAUGGUGUGCGUGCUUCUGCUGCAUUAACGUUAGCUUCCUUGCUUAAAUGUCAAGUUUCUGCUGUUGGUAACAAGGCUAACGAAACGUACGAAUUGUGGUCUCAAAUCUCCAAGAAGUUGAUUGAAGCAUUAAAGGAAGAACCUGUUCCCGAACUUUUGGUUGCACACUAUUCUGCCUUAGCUGAUUGCAUAGUGCAAAUGGACCAGGAUUGUUUUGAUGACGAACAAUUACAAACCUUUGCAGGAGCAAUUGCUUCCAACAUGGAAAAGACCUUUGAGGGCAUCAAAGACCGUGAGAACGAAGAUGAUGAAUAUACAGAAGAUGUCGAAGAAGAUGAUGGGGAAUGUUCAUAUGAAGACUUGCUUGAUGAGAUUAGCAAAACCCUAACAGAGUUAAUCAAGUCUUCCAAAGCCAGGUUCUUGAACGUAUUCCCAAGUUUCAUAAACGUCACUGGUACAUUCUUAAACGAUGAAAACACGAACAUCAAGAUGUGUGGGUUGAGUGUGAUUGCUGAUUUGUUGGCUUAUUGUGGACCUGGAAGUUACAAAUACAAAGAUCUUUUCGUCAAUGUACUUGGAGAAAGUUUGCUUUCUCCUCAUGCUAAUAUCAGACAAGCGGCCACUUAUUCUGUAGGUGUUGCUGCUCAACAAGGGCUUGCAGAAUACCAAAGCUUUUGCUUGGCAUGCUUAGAGCCUAUGUUCAAGAUGGCCUCCAUUCUCGAUGCUCGUGCUGAUGAUAAUGAAUAUGCUACUGACAAUGCUAUAGCAGCCAUUGCCAAAAUCUUUCAUUCAUACGGUCCUACCAUUCCCAACUUGGAUACAUUGAUUCAACAAUGGAUCAUUUUACUUCCAGUGACUAUCGAUGAGGAAGCUGCCACCUUUGCUUACGCUUACUUGAGUCAUUUAAUCGAAUCAAACCAUCCUACUAUCAUCUCCCAAGUCCCUGUGAUUGUUGAUGCGGUUAUGCAGGCUUUGACCAACAGUUAUAUUGGUGGUGCAACUGCUAAAAAGGUAGCCACUGCUACUCGUGGUCUUUUGGGAACUCUUCCUGUUGAUGCUGCCAGAGGAUUAUUGAACAAGUACCCACAAGAGAUUGUUGGGGCAUGGUUUUCGUAA